CGUGUGUUUGAAGCAGUCAGCUGAGCCGAAUUUAUACGGACGCGGCUUUGACCUCGUCGAGCAUGCUGGAACACAAGGGUGAAUGUUUAACCCUGUACGCAGUUUGUCAUUCCAACUUGUAAAGUACAUAACCCAGUUUUCGCUUUUUGUUCAACUUCGCCGUUCUACUCGUGAAGAAUACCGCUUUGAAGACUGGUGCACAGAGGUUUGGAGGUGAAUGUGACCACUCUGAUCAUCUCCAGUGACUCGGGAGUAUGGCCUUAGCAGGAUGCCCAGACUAUUUUCUCCACCAUCCAAACUACCAGGAAAAUGUUGACCACACCCCCUCACACAGACCGUCCAAUCUCAUUGGUUCAAGCUUGCAGCAGUCGUCCAAUCGGAGCCCUCCUAAUCACCCAGAUGAUGAUGUUGAUCUUGAGGCCCUGGUGAAUGACAUGGCCUCUCUUUCAUCCUAUGAGAGCCUCAAUGCAACCUGUGGAGCCCAGCACUCAGACUCUACCCCCCUCUUGCACAACAGUGAUGGCAAUGGACUCCAUGGCAACAAAGUCGCUCCACUGCCACGGGCCCCCAGUAAUAAAGUGACGGCCCCCCACUCUCCUGCCCAGAAGCUCCGGCGGUCUCAGCCCAUGCACAUACAGGCUGUCAGGCGUCUACAAGAAGAAGAGCUGCAGGUUCGUCCAGCUUCUUUGCCAGCGAUUCCGAACCCUUUCCCUGAGCUGUGCAGCCCCUCGGGAUCUCCUGUGCUCAGCCUUGGAUCUUUGCCACAGCCAUCAGAGUCACAUAUUAUCAAGGUUUUCAGUGAAGAUGGAGUGGGAAAAGUCGUCGAAGUCCCUGCCGAUAUGACAGCCAGAGAUAUGUGUCAGUUCCUGGUCUACAAGAGCCACUGCCUAGACGACAACUGCUGGUCGUUAGUGGAGCAUCACUCCUUACUUGGUUUGGAGAGGUGUCUGGAAGAUCAUGAGCUGGUGGUCCAGGUGCAGGCAUGCAUGUCUCCAGAGAGCAAGUUCCUCUUCAGGAAGAACUAUGCCAAAUAUGAGUUCUUCAGAAACCCAAUGAACUUCUUUCCAGAGCAGAUGGUAGCAUGGUGUCAAGAAUCAAAUGGCUCUAUCCCACAGUCACAGAUGUUACAGAAUUUCUUGAAUUCCAGCAGCUGUCCUGAAAUCCAGGGCUUCCUUUAUAUGAAAGAGACGGGCCGCAAGUCCUGGAAGAAACUUUAUAUGUUUUUGCGCCGCUCUGGACUGUACUAUUCUACUAAAGGAAUGUCAAAGGAACCAAGGCACCUGCAUUUACUGUCCGACUUGGAGGAAAGCAAUAUUUUCACUGUGACGAUGGGCAAAAAGAUGCACAGUGCACCCACAGACUACCAGUUCUGCAUUAAGCCCAGUAAGGGCAGGACAGAACUAAAGGAGCUGAAGAUGUUGUGUGCUGAAGACGAACAGAGCAGAACGUGCUGGAUGACUGCUUUCAGACUACUCAAGUUUGGUAUUAUGCUUUAUCAAAAUUACAAGACACCUCACCAGAGAAAGGCCACCAUCUCAAACUUCAGCACACCUGUGCGAAGCGUGUCAGAGAACUCCCUGGUUGCCAUGGAUUUCUCCGGCAGAACGGGCCGUGUUAUUGACAACCCCGUGGAGGCACAGAGCGCAGCAGUAGAAGAGGGACACACUUGGAGAAAGCGGAGUCAGAGAAUUAAUUUGCUGGGAAGCCCCAGUCCUGUACAUCCUUCUCCAUUAAAUUCAGUGAUCCACAGAACACAGUUAUGGUUCCACGGGCGCAUUAUGAGAGAGGAGUCCCACAGAAUGAUCAUUCAACAGGGCCAAGUGGAUGGGUUGUUCCUAUUGCGAGACAGCCAGAGCAACCCGAAAGCUUUUGUUCUCACGCUGUGCCAUCAUCAGAAGAUUAAACACUUCCAGAUUUUACCCUUUGAGGAGGAUGGGCAGGUCUUCUAUAGCCUUGAUGAUGGCUCCACCAAGUUCACAGACUUGAUCCACCUGGUAGAAUUCUACCAGCUCAACAGGGGCAUCCUGCCCUGCAAACUUAAACACCCCUGCACCAUGGUGGCCUUAUGACCCCUUCCUUAUCCUUAUAAAUAACACUCAAACACGUUGAUAAAAUUUAACUGACUUUUUUUUUUUUUUUUUUUUAAGAAUUUAAGCAUUUUUCACAAUAAGCUGACGCAACUCAUGGCUAUGGAAAAUAUAGUUUUUUUUUCUCAUUGCUACGGGGAGAGCAUGGAAACAUUGGAAAAUAAUGCUACAAACUUACUGGACACCCAGCCCUCUGAUUUAAUGAGGGUGCCAUUUUUUUUUUUAACCAUCUCUGUGGUAAUAUUCAUUGACUCCAUAUUUGAAAGGGUCUUUAUCAUCAUUCAGGACCUGACAGGAGGCACCCCAACCACCCAUGCCCUGCAUAAACUGAUUACAUCAGCACCGUUUUUUUUUUUUUUUUGUGGUGUGUCUGCAAGGCCUUGCAUUGUGAAAAGUUACUUGAUGAUGAUUGAUAUGUAUUUGUUUUCUUUCCUACCUGAACAUUUUGCACUCUCAAGCUGAAACAGGUGAUCCACUUCAUCCUGAGCUUACCACAACAACUGCUACCCAUUUGCCUUCCUCCAACUUUUCUGUCCUCCUUUUACCCCAUCUCCCAUUUCGGUCUUCUAAACUCUUCCAGGGGAAUCCCUGCGUAAUGAUUAGUUUAGUGCAGAGACAGUGACAGUCAUAGCUAUUUGAGGUGUCUUGCUCUGAUAUACAUAUCCUAAAUGACAGCCAAAAAGAAACAUAGCCAGAUCAGACUUAUUGCACCAUGUCCGCAUCCAUGUCAGCAAGGAAGCACUAGUUGAUCGUGGUUGAAACUUGCACUCUAAAAAAGAUACUUGAUCGCUAUGCUUUACCAGCAUAAGAAAUGGUUCAAAACAUGAAAAUCCUUACCCUUAUGUUGUUCCAAAUCUGUAAGACUGACUUGAUUCUGUGGAACAUGAGAAAUUUUGAAGAAUGUUGACGCUGUUCUUUUUGUCCAUAUGAUGAAAUUGAAUGGUAACUGAGGCUGUCCAACAUUUCUUUUUUUUUCUCACUGAAAAAAGUCAUCAUAAUCAUCAACAAGGGACUGGAAAAACUUAAUUUGCCAUUACGUUUGGAGUUGUGACCAAGCUUUGCCAUAGAGGAAUGUUUUGGGUCAAAUACUACAUAAAUUUGAUAGACCAUAUCUGUGACUUGCUGUCGAUUAUCAUGGAAGAUUUGAUAAUGGAGCUCUUUGGGGAAACAUCCUAUAAUUGCUCCAUAGACUUCCAUAGUAAGUGGAUUUCUAUCAAAGUGCUUUUUGUUUGUUUCUUAGUAAGUUUGUUUACAAAAUGUGAGUCUCAAAACAGUUUAUCUGUACAUUUUAAGUUGUAUUUAACCCAAAGCAGAAAUGGAGAGUUUAGGAAACAGGGUUUAAAGGUGCCCUCAGUAAUUUUGUAUGCAUGUCUUGGACUUACACUGACAUCUAGGGGCGUGGAUGCAGACUCAUUUAAAUGCAAAAUGUCAUUGUAGAAAGUCAUGUGAUCUUAACAUGGCAGCCCCAUCAGGGGACCCUCUACAUGUAGAAUAAAAUAGCUUUUAUAAGUUUACUGAAAUGACUGAAGCCUUCGUCUCAUGUGAGUGGUCAUGAUUUUAUAUCUAUAUACAUUUCAAAAUUACAAUUCAUUUCUUAAGGAGUACAAAAAUUGCUGAGUGCACCUUUUAAAGAUCAGUUAUCAUAAUCUGUUUAAUCCCAUCCUAGGAAUAUUACAAAAUCCACACCGUGAUAGUCCAGGUCACUGGUUCUCUUUAGGAAUAUGAUGGCCUGUGCAUGAAAGUGCAUUAUUGAUUAUGUACAGUUUGAAUUUAGAGCCAUUAAAACUUGAUACGGGCUAUAUAAGGAGCCACCAAAACUUGAUCCAGGUCAAAUAGGGCCACUAAAACUUGAUCCAGGACCCUUUUUUUAUUUUUUUAAUAGUGCUGCCCCCAGAGCACAAUGGAACUUGGACAGGGUCAGCCCCAUUUUUUUAUUUAAUUAUUUUGAAAACAAGGCUGUGUAGGAUAGACGUACAGUCUGCAAAUUUGUUUAGGUUGAACUGUUAUGUAUCUAGGUGUUGAUCAUUACUAAAAAACUUUCCAGCUGACAAAACGCACUGGAAAAUUAGACGUGAAUUCUGACCUUACAACCUGGUGAAUGGUCUGUAUUAUCCCUCAGAACCUUGAGUUCAUUCACUUAUAUAUAACUAUGCUGUCUGUAGCCUGAUUAAGGUCCAUUCAAGAGGGGUUUUUUUUUCUCUGUCUCCAGUUGUUCAUUUUUAGACUUCCUUAUUAGUAUAGCCUGUAGCUUAUCAACUGCAUUUCAGAUCACUGUGCUGUUCUUGAGCCAUGUUUAAAUCUUUAAAGUGACAGGCCAGGACAGAGUUUGUGUCUGCAGGGACAAACUCGCACGCUCUAAUAAAGACAUGGAGUUGCAAAGUCACAUCUCCUAGGCGUGUCUGUAAUCCUCCAGGGCUUUGUGACAUAAUGCGGUGAGGAGAUUAGCUCCAAUUCCAGCUUUGCGACAAAAGAAGUUUAAUGACAAUAGCUGCUCGACAGUUACCUGCAGUGCUACUUUAGAGUUUCUACCUGUUCCUGAUGUCCGCCUUGUUAACCUUCCAACACUGGCCCAGCAAGACUAAGCUACAUGUCAAACUCUUACGGUUUUAUAUGCUAUUUCUGACUGUUAUGCUGUAGAGCUAGAACCAUACACGCCUACAUGACGAGAGUGUGUGCUAUGCACACUACGAUUGUAAAACACUUUAUGAUACCACAAAAGCACCUUGUUUUAAUUUUCACAUAAGAUUUUUUGAGUUACUUUAAGAACAUUUUUUCAACUCCGUGGUUAGUGUAAUGUUAGCUACUACUCUGAUCGUUGUCAAUCAAGGCUUACAUGGUGCCUUGCCUUAAGUUAGCAUUUUACCAACUUUGCUAUUCUUCGUAGAAAUGUAUGAAGUAGAUUUGGGUGAAGAUACAAAGUUCUGCUCAUUUAGUGUCAAGGAUUAUAAGGUGGAUCACAUUAGGGUUUCAGUGCUAUAUUCAUUGUCCUUAUCUGAUACAUUAUAUUUACAAUUAUAGCCUACACAAGUUAGACAUGGGCACCUGGACAUGAAGUUUGUUCUAACUGGAAUACAUUGGGGUGGAAUCUGAUUUGUUCCAUCCAACUCUUAUCAUUACAUGUAUGUUUGGGUGAUGCUUGUAUUCAGCGACCUGGGCUCAUCAUUUUUAAUUCCCAAACAUUCAAUUGAACUAACAACUUGCCUCUCUUCCCUUACCUUGAUUAUGCCAUUUUGGUAAAUCUGGGGCAGGUGGAGGUGUAUUUUCCCAAAAUGGGUCAAUCUCAUCAUUGGGUGGGCCAGGUCCAACCAGGCACCCCUGUGGAGACAGGCCUGGUACACAGAUAGCCAAUUGACACAACAGCAACAGAGUACAUUUAUUUCAAAUUAGCAUUGACUUAUAAAUCUCAAAGUAAUCUAAUGAAUAAGACAUUUGACCAUGGAAAAAGUUAGUUGUUGUUUCUAUAUUAACGCUCUGGAUAAUCACAACAAGCUCGUGUUAGAUGUCAUCUGUGCUACCGUGGGGAGUGAGAGAAGUUGAUUUCAUAUGUAUGUUUGGAUCAUAUGCCGCUGUGUCGAUUAAAAAUCUAUAAACAUUUUGCUACAGUUACAACUCUCUUGUAAGUAUGUGAAGCCUAAUAAGAGGAGGUAGUAGAUCUAACACUGUAUUAAAACAUCAUCAAAAGCUAUAUAAACGUGGUGCGCUCCAAAACAGAAUGAAGAUAUUAUGCAUGAAGUGCAAAUUAUGCAUAUUUCCUUUACACUUGUACCAGUGUGCAUAUUUUGGCUUGUAUUGUGUUUUCAUUUUUAUGUCACAAAUGUCUUUUUAUAAAGAGUAUAUAUUACAGUAUUAAAUUAAGAAUGUGUUUUGUCAUUUUUGUUUUUAAAGUCAGUAUUGACCAAGCAAAUGUUUGGAAUGUUAAUUAUAUAAUAUGAUGAUUAAACCGAGUCAGACCACACUUAAAUUUUGACAAAAUACUUAAUAUUGCAUAGCACUAUGAUCCUGCAAUGGAAGAAAUGAGAAAAAGUAUUUGUCUUUUUCUUUCACCGAUGUGACUUUAUAUCUCAUAAUUGUGACAACAAAAUAAGGUUGAAAUUGCAAGAUAUAAUGCUGAAAUUGUGAGAUUUCUUUUUUAUUUUAUUACCCUCAUCCUUGGCAGGAUCUGUCUGUCAUAACAUACAAAUUGUAGCCUAUUUAGAUUUUUUAAAUAUUCCCACAUCCUACAACUUAGUACAGCACAAUGUUCUGUAGGCUACAUAAGUACAGCAUUAAUAAGAAGUUUAAAAAUACUAUUUUCUUUAAGGUUGAUACAUGCUUUUAUAAAUUAACUUCUUUUAAGGAAAGCAAUUACUUUCAUUGAACUAUGUAUUCACAUAAUACACUCAAAUACUUGUCUCUGUUAUGUAGCUUGUUGUACUGUUUGAAUAACAUUAGCCUAAAAUAUUUGCUUGAUUAUUGUUAGUAUAACGUGCCAGUAAAAAAAGCGGGCCUGUCUCAGAUUUUGAACCCUCUCACACUAAAUGAGAAUCAUGCACCUAGACCAAGAAGCCUUAAGUUUAUGUGGAAAUAUGACAUGCUACAUUGCAUGUGUUUGAAUAGUCGUUUUGGUACCAUCAACUGUCGAAUGGCGCCCCCUGGCAGCAUCAAAACUGCAGUUGCAUGAACGACUUUCUCUGUGAUGAGCAACACACUGUCACAACUAAUUAUAAAUACAUUGUAUAGCAAUAGCACUAUAUGGGGGUGCCUUUGAGGUCUCACUGCCUAUCAACUUUGAAAACACAUGUUUAAUGUAUGCUUGAAUAUGUGGACACCUCAGCAGGGCCCUGUUAUAAGACACUUUUGCAUUACUGUUACUUCAAAUAAAAAAAAUUCAUAGCCACACUUUAACCUUAUGAUGCAUAUUAUAUUUGCUACAUGAUUUUCUAAAGCCUCUACAUCAUCAGCAUGAUCAAAACUUUGUGGAAAACCCUGUUGUAUGCAAUAUGGUAGAUUUCUUCUGCCUCCUGGUGAAAGUGUCCAUGCUCUUGGAAGUAGAAGACCUUGUAAUAUAGUUUCCUGAAUGGCUGAAUCUUCAUAUUGUGAUGCACUCGUCUUUUUGAUGUGAAAUAUUUGCUGAUUUUGAUAAAGUAAAAUUAACAAUAAUGUUUGUAUUGUUACUGAUAUUUCAAUAUUAGUAUUUAUUGAAUUGAAACGACAUGUACUUAAAAUCUCAUUAUAUAGAAAUAUAUAUAGAUUAUUAUUUAAUAUGUUAUGUGUGAAAGCUUGCCCUAAAUUACAAAAUAUAACUUGCUUAAGUUGUUGGAGAAAAGAUAUUGAUAUUUGAUUUUUUGUUUUUCGAAUGUACUGGUUGAACUAGAUAAUGUUGGUUUGACAAAACAUGAAUAUUUUAAAUACUGUUAAAUGCUUGAAAGUUGCAGAAUUUAUAAUGAAAUGAUCAAAAGGCCACUAUUUCUGAACCACACACCUUUCAGCUCUUCAAAGCUCUCACAAUGGAGGGUAAAGUCUUUAAAGGAAAUGGGGUGUAGGGAUGCUCACUUCUGAAUGGUACACAUCCAGGGCUGGACUGGUAAUCUGGCAUACCGGUCCGAUGCACCUUGGGGCUGAAUGGGCCGCGAUCACGAACACCCCCCACUGCGUGAUUUUGAAAAAUGUGUGACGUAAUAUAAGAAAUAUGUAAGAUUCCACACAAUUUGUGACAUUUACUGUGUUAAUUCAUUUUGUUCAAAAGGACAGGUUUUUUCUUCUUUCAUUAAAGCACUUUCACAUGCAAGAUUUUUCACAUGUGGGUUUUGCACAAAUAUUUCUCAAACUGUUAUGCUGAUAAUAUCAUUUGUA